UCCGUGGUCGCGACGGUCGCGCCAGCUGCAAUUCGAAAAUCGUCAUGGAAAUGACACUGGGUUAGUUUGCGCUCGCCUCUUUUCAGGUUUACUGCGCGGCGUUGCACGAUUCUGUGUUUCCCAUCCAGAACUUCCGCGCGUGUCAAUGCUCACGUGCGCGAUGACACCUUCCCCGUGUGGUGACCGAACUCGACGGAGUGGCGGUGUGUGUUUGUCGGCGUCGACUCGAAGUGCCAUCGCGUUUGUGCGUUCUCGUCUCCUACUUGCUUGUGCACGACCAAGGAACGCGCUGCGUGCUGAGCGACGUGCGUCAACGCUCCUUGCGCGGACCAGUAGCGGAGUGCUCCGCGUACUACAGAGCGUUUAGGCCUAGCAUCGCGUCCGCCGAAGAAUGAAGACGAACGACACGGCUGGCUCUGUGACAAGUGGUUCAGUGGGUGACCAUGCAAGAAGCGGAGCCCUCGUUCGCCCGUUGGCACAUGUCGCUUUGUGCGAUCACGGCGUUAGCGACAACCCUUUUUACGGCAAGCGGUGCCCUCCGUGCGAUCUCUUGGGUCGGUGUGGUGACAGGAUGCGUGCAGCUCGCAAAUCGCCCCAUCAUCGCAUCCGUCACGAACGCGAGCUCAGUUAUAAUCUGAACUCGACAGGCGCCGAUUGUCACGCAUUCGCACCAGUUUGGCGCCGAUUCCCGUCCUCAGCUGUGGCUGCCGCCUCGCAUGCAACAGUUGAUGCAGCCGAUCCGCGGCUCUGUGGUGCCACACCUGGCAGUGGGCUCAAGGGUCCCAGCUCGUACUUGCCUUCCAGUGCAGCCAGUCGGGCAAGCAGUCUGAUGACUGGCCACCAUGGGGCAGGGGGCGGGGCGGGGCCACCGCCUCUGCACUCUGGCGACUACUCAUCCAAGCUGCACCAUGUGGCCCCACCUCCUCCUCCACCACCGCUCAUGGGUCCUGCGGGUGCGACAGGGGCUCCUGGCACUCAGUCAUAUCCCGUCCAUCCAGAUGUGCGUUUCAAAAGGCUGCCAUUCUACGACAUCAUGGCUGAACUCCACCGACCUGCCAGUCUGAUGCCCAACAGCAACACAAGGUUUCAGGAGAACAGCUUCGUGUUCCACUUCACACCUCAACAAGUACAUGACAUAGUCUCUUCAAGGGACUACAACUUGGGAGCAAAGCAAGACUUCACAGUGCAAGUACAGCUUCGGUUUUGUCUGCUGGAAACAAGCUGUGAGCAGGAUGACAACUACCCUCCAAGCAUGUGUGUCAAAGUCAACUCUAAGGUGUGUCCACUGCCAAGCCCUAUCCCUACCAACAAGCCUGGCAUGGAGCCCAAGCGACCAAGCCGGCCGAUCAACAUUGCUAACAUGUGCCGUCUCUCCCCUACUGUGUCCAACCAUAUCUCUGUCACCUGGCUGUCCGAGUAUGGCCGGGCCUAUGCCUUGGGUGUGUACCUUGUGCGAAAGUUGACAGCAACAACUCUCCUCCAGCGGCUAAAGGCAACAGGCAUGCGGAAUCCCGACCACACACGAGCAAUGAUCAAAGAAAAGCUUCAACAUGACCCUGACUCUGAGAUUGCAACAACAAGUCUGCGUGGAUCUCUAAUCUGUCCGCUGGGCAAGAUGCGAAUGGGUAUUCCAUGCCGAGCACUAACAUGUCCACACCUACAGUGCUUUGAUGCUUCGCUUUACCUGCAAAUGAAUGAAAAGAAACCCACGUGGAUUUGCCCAGUCUGUGAUCGGCCGGCCACCUUCUCCUCAUUGGUGAUCGACGGUUUAUUCAUGGAAAUUGCCAUGAAGGCACCGAGUGAUUGCACUGAGGUUCAAUUCCACGAAGAUGGUUCCUGGUCUCCUUUGGUGCCAAAGAAGGAGACGCAUGUUAUUAACAGCCCCAGUUCCUCCGCAACAGCAUCUACCUCUAGAAGUUCAGCUCCUUCAUCAUCAUCGAGGGAUCCACCUGGUCGGCCCAGCAAGAAACCUCGGGUGGUGGUCAUAGACCUGACAGCAUGUAGCAGUGAUGAGGAAGAUGACGGUGGCCGCAGCUCGGUGCCCACGCCUGGAUCUCACAUGGGCGGGCCACCGCCGUUGGUCUCUGGUAUUUCCGGAGGUGCACACUCUCAGGGAGGCCCUCCGUCAACUCCACUUGGCGGUGCCUUGUCCCCUCCACCUGGGUCUUCGCCACCAUCUUCGUCGUCGGGCGGUACAGCACCUCUCAUCUCCCUGCCUUCGCCCUCGUCUUCUUCGUCUUCCUCGUCCUCUUCCUCGUCGUCCUCUUUCUCAAGCAUUUUGGGCCCCGCAACGGGGCCUCCACUGGGACCCUCACCGCCAUCGUCUGUUGCCCCAACUGUGCCACCCUCAGCCAGCACGACAGGAGGCUCGUCUUCACUGCACUACUCGAGUCCCCCCCUUGGCCCUCUGGGCUCUGCGAGCAGUUCAAGCAGUCGCCUCUUGCCCUCCAGUGGACUUGUGGGCUCUGCGUGGUGGAUAUAUUGACGCUAUUGUAGGCGUGUGCGGUUGUUGAUGCCAGUUGCCAGCCGCGCAUGCUUGCCGUUUCCACCCAUUUCGUGUAGGAAGAGAGCGCUGUGCCGGUGAGCCUUUACACCUGUUGCUCCUUGUCCCCUUCUGGGACUGUCCUCUCUCCUCAUCUGUCUGCCUGUGCUGCGUGCUCUGUCCCUUGGGCAUUGCCACUGGCCACUCGCUCCUGCAGCUCUGCAUCUUUUCUCUUUGCACCUGCUUCCCUGGAAUUUGACCAGUUGCCAGCCCCCUCUUUUGGAGUCAGCUAAAGCCAGAGGCUGCCAGUUUUUUUUUUUUUUUUUUCUCUCUCUCUUCUCUAGUGAAUCCUGCCUGCUUUCACAAAGUAUCGAGGAACUUCUUACCAUGUUCAAAUAGUCUGGCCAGUGUUUUGAAAGGCAGACCUAUCUUUGUCAAGGCACAGAUAUGUCCAUCUUUUGGAACUUCGGCCAUGCUAUGUCUGUGCCGCACUAACUACAGGGUCAGUCCCAAGUCGGCUGUCAUUUCUAGCCAGUUUCUUUGUGAUUACAUAGGGCAGGGCUGAGAAUACUUGCAAGCACCUUUGGCUCAAACUAGUUAGUAUGCACAUGCCUUGGUGUUCCUAAUAAGACAGGUGCUUGCAGUAUCUCACAAACAUUAUUUUGUGUUUAGCAAAUAGGAGGAAGAGCAUUUAAAGGUUUUAGUGCAGACAGAAAGUUGCCUUCACUUUGUUAGUUGACAUUAUUGCCCAUUGCAUUUAGCAGAGAGAUGCGUUGGCUUGUGGGCAUUCGCUGAAAGAAGCCCGGGUGCAAGCAUCUUGGCCUACAUACCAGGAGCAGGGGCAACACUCACAAUACUUCCAUGCUCUGAGCACGUGAUACAGUUUUUAUCAUUAAUCAUUCCGGGUCUUGUAGAAAACCCCUGCUGUAUAAUAUCAGGGGUAAAAUGUAGUGAAGCGCACAUUGCGAAGCUGUAAGUUAUGCGAGUGAGCUUGGUUAGCUUUAGACUCAGAUAUACAGGUCAUGGAAAGAAAAAUAUAAAACAUACUAUAAUGAUCUCCUGGCCCAUUCCACAAUGGAAUUAAUAGUUUUAUUUCUUGGCUUUGUUCUUAGUAGUGUGUCUAUCAUAUUUGUGGUACUUAUUCAGGCCCGAGUGAUGCAUCUCCCAAGUUGACAAACUACCUUUUCAAAGGACCUGAUGUCUUCCUACUUAUGUUUUUCUGGACUGUGGCACCACACGUCAUAAGCUCUGGUGUUGUGAAUUCAUUGAGUCUGUCUCUAGCACUCAAUUCUGCCAUCAUACAUUGCGACUUUGGUAUGGCUAGUAUUUGUCCAGGCUCCGAGGUAGCUAGGCUUGAAUUUUUACAAUGCAUUCGUCUUUUGUAGCUCGUCAAAUUUGGUGGCUCAUGGGGAUAGCACUCUAGGAUUUGCUUGUUGUGCAUCAGCCCGAUAUCUGCGCAUCUACGGUAAAACCUUGCUAAUACGUAGGUGGCAGGGAGCGUGGAUCAGGCACCCACUAAGCGAUGUACUGAUUAACUGACAAUAGAAGAUCACAGGCCAUAGGUAUACCGGCCUAAGAAUGUUAAUUCUCACUGAAACACGCAUGUGGACAAGCUUUAUUUGCGGGCAGGCAGCAAAAAAUCUUAUUUUCACUUGCUGCCAUGGCAGCCUUGCAGUGAUGACAGCAUCCUAAAACGCAGCGAAGCCAAGAGCCAGUUUCUCCAUCAAGCCCCACUUCUCUGCAAACACCCUCCUGGCAUUCAAUGCACUGGCCGUGUUGGAUAUGAAAGGGCCAUCAUGCAUGUCGUCGUCCAUGACGAUGAUGUGGAAGCUCUAGAAGCUAUGGGAGCAUAAAGCACGUCACUAUUGGUGGCGACUGCAGUGCGGGCGAGGUCCGUACACCGCAAUUUCACUAUCGUCUGCGUGCACAACAUUCCACUGAUUCCACACUUGUAUGUGGCGAAAAAUUAAUACGACACACUAACCAUUUGGCAUGUUUUAAGCCACUACAGCUUAAGCAGUGAGGCAAUAUAUUAGGGCAGGGGAUUCAUUGCAAUUAUAUUUAAACCGGAAUUACUUAUUGAGUACGUAUCAACAAGGUUUUACUGUAUAUCUAAUAUCUGCCUUUACUGCAUUACCCAUUUUUCUUUCUCUUCAACAUGUCCAGGUCGAAGCUUCAGUGAUCUUUGGCAUUCAACACACAGUGGCGCUGUUGACCGUGCUUUGUCGUGCAGCAUGUUUAAAUUGGCAAUCUAGGGCCACCUGCAUUCUGAACCAACUGCUGUCGCCACUGCAGUGUCACAUGUAAUCUUCAAGUCCUUUGUCGGUAUUUUAAUGUCAUGUUGACCAAGAAAAUUUUGAUUCAUGCCUCACCACUCAUUGUUUUGGUAGCUGGAGAAGAAUUCCAGCGAUUCUCAGGAUUCAAAGUGCCCAAACACACUGCAAGCUGUACUGUGCCCUAAUGUAACAACCUCAGUGACUUUGAGUAGUUGUGUUAUCUCGGUUGCUCAGUUCUGCAUGUUGGAAAAUAAAUAGCUUGCUGCAGCCA